AUGGAGCGCCGCGACAGUCUGGAAAAACACCUCCAAACCCGCCCCGACAUGCAAGACCUGAAAGACCGCCACAUCCUGCUCAACACGAACAUCGCCCCGUCCAUCCAAGCAACCAGCCUAGACCUGGACCGUCAGCGCACAACGGACAGCUUGAAGAAACAUCUCGAGCAGAGGCCUGUGAGGGAUGAGCUCGUUGAGCGAAACAUCCUCCCCCCCACCCACGCAGCCCCCGCAUUGCAGGGCCCCGCCCGCGAGCUCGAAAAACACAUGCUGGCGGACACUCUGGACCAGAAGAUCCAGAGUCGCCCGAAUCCGGAGGAUCUGAUCUCGCAGGGUAUUUUGACCGAGGAUGAGGAUCCGAGGUAUCCGGCUGUUUAG